CGUAUCUGUAGAAGAUGAAACUGUCAACCACAACGACCUCGAACCCGACGAGCACCCCUUCUGCACCGAUCUCUACUCUCAGGGAUACCUCAGGGGCGUUAUUGAUCCACGUGAGGAAGUCGGCAGGCAUUGUGACGCAGCAGUAAGAAGGUCACCUUCUGCCUUUGCGCGCGAUCUCGCGAACUGUCUCAGUGAUGAUGACGAGCAGUUUGUCUGGAUCAGUGCGAGCGCGUCUUUGUGGGAUCAUUCGGUUCUGUCGAUGACAUCGCCCGUUUUGAUUUGCUUUCUGCCGAAUCGCUGUCGCCGCGCCGCUGUACACCGGGGAAAUGGCGCAUCCCUACUCUUCCACUUCGCUGUACGCGGGCACGCCUUCAUACGCACCUCAGCAGCCAUACUACCCGUCUUUUCCAUCUAAUGGACUGCAGCAGCCGAUCAACACCCCUCCAGGCAUCCCUCAACAGCUUCCGCAACCGCAGGGACAAAUGCAGACGCUUCCCUCUUACCCACCGCAGCCGUCACCUGCUACAAAUGGCCCACGAUUCGAUGCCAAUUCACAGAUCCGUCCUCCUGCGCCUCCUUUCCAUCCGUUUCCCCCUCCUACUACUACCUUCAAUUCCGAUUUCUUCAAGCAAUUUGCAAGUGCGGGUUUCCCGCCUCCACCCCCUCCAAACUUUCCUCCAGUGCCAAUACCCGGUGCUGCGUAUCCGCAGCUACCUGGUCCCGUGAAUACCUCCCUUUCCUCGCCCUAUCCUCAACAUGUCGCGGCUGGAGCGCCAGUAUUCGGCGCAGGCUUUAAUUCAAGUGAACAACCACGCCAGCAUGCAGGAGAUCAAUUCAUUGGUUCGCGAACGGGCUCACGAGGUGGAAUGGAUGUGCAUACCGACACCCAGGCGUAUGGCACAGCAAUGACUGUCCAGAGUGGAAUCUCACAUCCUGCACAUCCACUUCCUAAAGGGACGGAUUCUGACAAGGACCAGACACUUCCGUCUUUUGGCUCGAGAUCAGAUCUCGAUAUGCUGUUCGCGAGCGCCCAAAAGCAGUCUAUGCUGGGUUCAGUGGAACCGGCGAUGAUCGCUUCGCAACCCAAAGAUACAAACAGCGCCCCGGAGCCUGAUCUAGCGGCAGACGGAAAUGUUUCGCCGUACGAUCCAACUCGCCCUGCGGCGAUCAAUGACCGAGCAUCCGGUGGCUUUGCAUCCUCAAGCAGAGCCUUGAGAAGCGCCAAUCUGAGGCCAGUUGAGAGAACUUACGAUAAUAAGUCCCUUAUUGAGCUCCGACAGCUUGCGAAGGGCGCAGUUCUAUCCCUGGUGCCUCACAAAAUCCUCUAUCCAGACCUAGUAAAGGAAGGCGUAAAUCCUCAAAUCUUGAACGAGUUGUAUGAAGAGCUCGGCCUCAGAAUCGAAGCUGGUCAAUCGCAAGCUCGCGACGAGUUACAGGGUGAGCAACAUCCUCUGGUUGAUGGCAAAGAGUUAUCGGCGGCCUCGCAACAGCCAGCUACGCAGCAGCCGAAAGUGGGAUUCCAGAAGGCUACGCCCAGAAUGUCUACGGCGCAACCAACAUCGCAACCCUCGACGAUACCUUCUCCCUCAACCACCUUUGGCCCAAGUGGGGUCAGUGAGGCCACUGCACCAUCGGCCGGUCUGGAUCUGAAGAACCUACAGCCGGCGCAAAUUCUCGGUUUGGAGCGGAAAGAUCGCAUCGCCCAGCUUCUCGCUGCAAAGACAGGUCGUCCGACACCUACCCCGACAUUAGCUACCCUCGCACAAAGUGAUGGGCCUAAAACGACUCCUCCGACAACAGUCUCUGCAGAAACAACCAGUGUUGGCAUAUCUUGGUCCAGCCCACAGACUCGGCCGGCGCAACUGCCAGAACCAGUCGCUGCCACCACAGGAGCAAGCGGAACGAAACCAAAGGCUCAGACUGAGCUUGUAAAACAGAAAAUGGAACAGCUGAGACGUGAAGCGCAGGCAAGGACAGGAGGUACCGCAUCGGAGAUUCCUGCAGACACGACGGCUCUUGGUCGUGACAUCAGUAUUGACGCUUCAAGAAUACUUCCUGAAGCUGAAAGCAUCAUACCUUCGUCAGCAAACAAAAUUUCUUCCAUUGAGAAACAACUCCCAAUGCCAUCCCUAAUUCCGGGCUUGUUCAUGACCUCGACUGAAUCCUCUGGCUUCGAUGAAGCUGCAAGAUCGGUGGUUGGGAUACCAAUGAGCUCCGCAGGAGGCGAUGGACAAGAAAAUGCUACCGCUGAGAGUGAAUCUUCUGUUGGUCAAUCGGAUCACCAAUUACUAUCGUCUUCCACCGUCCCAGCGAAACGUCCCUCUGAUUCUGAUACAGCCAUAAUGGACAUACCACUCCCCAAGAAGCCGAAUACGCAACAAAAUCUGCAGUAUGCUCCUUCGCUACCCCUCCCGGAUAGCGAAGCCGACUAUCAGUCGGAGGGGGAGAUUGUCGAAGAGCCCGGGAGCGACGCUAUGGCGAUGGGAUCAGAUUCAGACCAAGAUAUGCAGGAAGACUACACGCCACCUGUUCUAAUUCCGACCACUUCCACCUCAUUCUUCAAUAAGCCAACGUCCGUCAAUCAGACUUCGACCACCGCACUACGAACCACCUCAACUAGUGAAUCAGGAAAGGACGAGUUGUAUCGUGCCAAACAGUCAGAGAUUGAAGCUAUGCGUCGGAAGAUUGCCGAACUGGAGCAGCGGAACAAACUGAAAAGAACUAGAAGCCAAGUUGAAUCUCCAUCAUCAUCGAAUCCUCCGACGCCCGCUGUGACGAGAGAAGACCAACAACUGGCCAGUUCACCUAUUCCGCAAACCGCUGACUUGCCUGGCGUCUCCCGACCUUCGACUCAGCGUCUGCCUGCGGGUCCUUCAGUUCCUCCGGUAAUCUCCAAGCUAACUCCAGCGCAACUUCAAGAAAGAGAGGCAGUAUUGAAACAAGCACUCCUGAGACAGCGUGCUCAACGGCAGCAAGUUUUACAAGAAGGCUUGCCUGAUCUGAAUGCGAAAGUGAAAAAGACAGAGACGCGGCUGGAGGAUUCGCGCACGGAGCUGGCGCAAGUUCGUGCACAAUUACAAAAUGCGCGCAUGGCUUUGGAUCGAUUAGAGGCGCAAGAGAAGAGAUUGGUCAAAGAAGUCUCCCAGUUCGAGGAACAAUUGCAGGAAGGUCGAUCAGGUCAGAAACGAUAUUCUGAUGAGCUGCAGCAAAUCAAGCUUGAGAAGCUCGCCGAAGCUCAAGCGGUCCCUACAAAAGAGGGAUUGAUUGGUUCUCCAGAUCAAUUGCACCCAGCGACAAGCACGAUCUCUGAGCCACAGUCGGACUUGAGCAACGGCCAUCUUGACAACCAAGAUGAAAAUCUGCAGAGGCAGCAGAGUUCGCUCAGCGUACCUGCGGUGUCUGUUGCCGCCCGUGAGACCUCUGACGCUGAGGUUGAUGCUAACAUGAAUGGCGAAAAUACCCAUGAGUCUCCAGGUUCCUAUAAUGCUCAGGGUACUCUCGAGGGGGGGAUCCAGCCCGCGCAGUCGCUUGGGGUUGUCAACCAUGCACAGCAUCUCCAAGCAGAUGAGAUGGAGAUUUCGCCCGAACCAGAAGAUUACGUUGAAACGCAUGAGCACUUGCCCGAAAACGUGGAGGUCAUGCAAACAUCCGACGAGGCCAUGGAUGUGGACAAUGACAGCAAUGGAAGUGCGAGUAUGUCUGGCUCAGAUGAUGAGGAAGAAUACGAACCCGCAGAUGUCGAUACCUCGGAGCCUGUGCAACAGUCGGCGGACGAGUCUGAUGAAUACGACCCUGAAACAGCGCCGGUGGACAGCGCCACGCCGACGACUGUCCCGGAAGAUGGACUUCAAGACUUCCACGAGACUUCAGAGAUCGCUGAUGCCAGUGGACCCAGCACGGAGACCGGGAAUCCUUUCGAUGGAGGGCGAGAUGUCUCGGGUGCUACAGAGUCUGACGCCUCUAAUAUCAAAGCAGAUGAUGGAGUCAAUAGAGUUGGUGCUGUGUCGGAAGUGCCGGCAAACACCAAAGAUGAUCUUGAGUCCGGUGAUCAGUUGACUGAUGCUGAUACACUGGUUAGACCACCACCAGGGUUGAGUCGAGAGACCGAUGGUACUCCUUUUCUGGACGGCACCUGCCCAGCACCCACGCAUUAUGUGCCAUACAAGACACCACUUAGCGCCUUCAAAACCUACCGCUUCCACUCCGACUAUCCAGAUGCAGUCAAGAGUGGCUAUCGCUCAUUAACCUACAGCAACAACAUUGACCCCACGCGCCCCCUUUGUCCCGCCGAACUUUCCGGGGAAGCUUGUAAGGAUCCUGCCUGCGAGGAACAGCAUUUUGCCCAACUUGAACUUCCUGAUGAGAAGAUCCUUGUCCAAUUGAGUUCGGCCAGCGACAUUAAAGACAAAUCCACGCGGGACGAAUUUCAUGCUGGUUUGAAACAGGUCAUUGCAGAAUUGAGGGCUAAGGAAGUUAAGGAUUUCGAAAAAGUGGCGGCUGCACUUUCUCUGUAUCGACGGAGGUUCUUCACCGAGAAAAAAGAGAAAGAGAGACAAGAAGAUGAUGAGAGCCCGCAGCAAGGCGACCAGGAGCAUCAUGAGCAACAAGAGCAAGAGGUUCUGGACUCUUAGCAAGCAGUCUUGAAGGCAGGGGUUGGCCAACGCAUACCGCUUAACCGGCAGGAACACGUUGCUUCACGAUACGUGAUCCCUCAAAAGAGGCGUGGAGGCAUUCUUCUCGUGCGACUUGCCGAGAGGCGCAGAGGGCUUGAGAAGGGACGAUAUUAUUCCGGAAGGGGUUGAGAUGGGCAUGUAUGAAUACCACCAGCCGGCAGGGAGUUUUGGGUUAAUCGGUGCACGAAGGAUUGCGGGCUGCUGCGUACUGUGAUCAAGCUAUCAUCCAGCAUUUCAUGUCAAAAUAUCUGUGUAUCAAAAAGGCAUAAUGAGUUAAUGGCGUCUGCCACGA